AUGGCUGCUGUUUUUGCUAGCUUGGACUAUGUUGGUGUAGAGGGUCCACAGGUAACAAUGUGGUCUAGAUCGUCGUCAGGUUCUGUUCAUUCAAUCGUUCUUCAUAUUCAAUCCCUCGCAAUUCUGGGACAAAAAGCCUUAUCUCAAACUUCUGAAGCUUUUCUAGGUUCCUUGUGGAAACAACUCCACCCCAAAGACUCCACCCAAAAGACUCCACCCCCAAACACUCCACCUCCAAACACUCCACCCACAAACACUCCACCCCCAAACACUCCACCCCCAAACACUCCCCCAAACACUCCACCUCCAAACACUCCACCCACAAACACUCCACCCCCAAACACUCCACCCCAAAACACUCCACCCACAAACACUCCACCCCCAAACACUCCACCCCAAAACACUCCACCCCCAAACACUGCACCCCAAGACACUCCACCCACAAACACUCCACCCUCUUAG